AUGGCUGCCGAACUUCUCACGCAGGCUGACGGCUAUGGCAUUAUCGUUGGUCUUUCGGUGCUGUUCUGCAUCAUCAUCGUCGUUGCAGUCCGCAUACAGAAGAGGUACCUUGCGGAGGACAGCGACCAGUCGGAGAUGUUCAUGGUCGCGAAUCGUUCCGUAGGGACGGGGUUGACGGCCUCAGCAGUGUUCUCGAGUUGGAUGUGGAUUAACGAAAGCGUCUUUUCGGCCGCCUACACGUACAAGUGGGGGAUCGCGUUGCCUGUUUGGUGGGCAAGCGGCUUGUCUUUCCAGAUUGCGCUCAUGGCCGUGCUCGGUAUUGUGGCAAAGCUGCGAGUCCCCUACGCGCAUACCUCGCUCGAGAUCAUCAAGAUGAGAUAUGGAAGAUACGCGCACUGGCUGUUCAUUCUACUGAACCUUGUCAACAAUAUCUUUGGCUGCGGCAGCAUGAUUCUCGCAGGCGCCCAGCUGGUUACGGGAAUGACUGGAAUGCACGUCAUCGCUGCGUGUAUCCUGAUCCCUGCAGGAGUCGUCACCUAUACGGCCCUUGGUGGCCUAAAGGCAACCUUCUUGACAGAUUUCCUCCAUACCACCAUCGCGUUGAUUCUCUUGAUAUACUUCUCUCUGGCCGUCUUGACGAACAAGCACAUUGGUGGCAUCUCGGGCUUGUACGAGAAAGUCAAAGCCACGGAUGACUAUAUUCCUGGCAACUACGAAGGCUCUCUUCUGACCAUGAAGUCCCGGAGUUCGGUCCUGUUCGGCCUUGUGCUGAAGUUUGGCAACCUUGCCCUUGUGCUCAUGGACACGGCGUUCUGGCAGAAGUCGUUCGCUUCCGAAGUGCACUCGACAGUGCCGGCAUAUGACCUGGUCUCAAUUGUCAUCAUCGCCAUCCCCUGGUGCACCGGAACCAUCAUCGGUCUCAGCGCCCGCGCAAUCGAAAAGACUCCUAUCUGGUUCGACUAUCCCAAUAGGUUGACUCUUACUCAGGUCAACUCCGGCCUCGUGAUGCCAUACGUGCUGAGAUCUCUGCUUGGCACCGGUGCCACUGCCGGUCUGCUGGUGCUCAUCUUCAUGGCCAUCACCAGCACCGUCUCUUCGUCCAUGAUUGCAGUCAGCAGUAUCAUCUCUCUCGACUUUUUCCGCACCUACAUCGACCCGCGUGCAUCCGACCGCAAGACCCUCCAGGUCAGUCACUGGGGUGUGAUCUUCCACGGCUGCUUUAUGGCAGGCUUUGCCAUCAUGCUCGAGUACGCCGGCGCAACAAACAACUGGUCUACUUACUUCCGACCAAUUGUUGCUUGUCCUGGCAUCCUGCCCAUGAUUCUAACGCUCCUCUGGUCUCGACAAACCAAGUUGGCGGCCAUCCUGGCUCCCAUUCUUGGGCUGAUGUCCGGCCUUGCAACCUGGCUGUCCCUGUCCUGGGUUUGGUCUGGUGCCAUAAACAUUCAAACCACGCAGGAACAGCUGCCAGGUCUUUACGGGGCCAUCGUCUCUUUCUUCUCCCCAGCUCUCUAUUCUGUCAUCAUCUCUUUGGUCUGGCCGAGCCGAUUUGACUGGCGCGAAUUCCUGAGGAUUGACCUUAUCGAAGACAAGAGCCAACCGAGUAGCUCUCUGCAGUCCGAGCUACCCAGUAGCGAAGCCGUCAACGAGACACUCAAAACGGCGGACGGCUCUUCCGGGAAAGGAACCUACCUCACAGGCGGAGAAAAGGAGAGCGGCCCACCACCGAUUCGAAAACCAAGUACUCAACUGAAUGCUCGAGUCCCCCUCGACGAAGUGGUCCACCCCUUCGAUGAACCGACACUCAGACAUAUCAGAAAGUGGUUCAGAUAUGCCAGCAUUUACUUCGUUGUCAACGUCCUGGUGACCAUCGUCCUGUGGCCUUUGCCUUUAUACCGGGACUACAUCUUCACAAAGACCUUCUUUGGCGGCUGGGUCACCAUGGCCAUCAUCUGGCAUUUCGCAGCCAUGUUCGCUGUCAUUGUAUAUCCAUUCUAUGACGGGAGACAUGAGAUCGCUCGGGCGGUUCGCGGAAUUGUGGAGGAGUUGAAAGGAAGGAGGAGAUGA